GGUGCCGCAACUCUGCGCGGCUCCGGAUCGCUUUUGUUGUAAAGGGGAGGGCGCCGCAGCGGGGACGGGCAGCUGCCGCUCUGACAGGAGACAGCGCGGCCGCCUCUCUCCUCUCAGCCUGCCUGCCUCCCUCUUUCCUUCCUUCCCGCCUUCCUUCCCACCCUCCCGCCCGCUGCACGUAGGGCUGCGGCGGGGACUCUGUUGGGGAGACGCUGACCGAGCGGAGCCGUGCCGAACGCAGCCGAGCACAGCCGGGCCGAGCCCGGCGGAGCACAGCGCGGCGCCGCUCCUGCCCCAGCGGGAGGAGGCCGCCAUGGAAGUCAGCGCGGGGGGUGUGAUAGCUUACAUCAGCUCUUCAAGCUCGGCAUCUAGCCCAGCCUCAUGUCACAGUGAGAGCUCAGACAGCGGUUUCCAGUCGUCCUCUUCGCCUGUCCCAUCUUCUCCGAACAGCUCCUCCUCAGAAGGUGGCUGCAAUGGCCGGAGCGGCGAGGGCUCUGACGGGGCACCCAAGAGUGAUCGGCUGGAAGAGACUAUUAAAACAGCCCAGUCGAGUGUUGCUGGCUUGACAAAAGGCCAUAAUGGAGUCACAAAAUUUAAUGGCAUGGUUCUUCUCUGCAAAGUCUGUGGAGAUGUUGCUUCUGGAUUUCAUUAUGGUGUUCAUGCCUGUGAGGGCUGCAAGGGUUUUUUCAGAAGAAGCAUUCAGCAAAACAUCCAGUAUAAGAAAUGCUUGAAGAACAACAACUGCUCUAUAAUGAGAAUGAAUAGGAACAGAUGCCAGCAGUGUCGUUUCAAAAAAUGCCUGUCUGUUGGGAUGUCAAGAGAUGCCGUUCGAUUUGGCCGUAUUCCCAAACGUGAAAAACAGAGGAUGCUGAUUGAAAUGCAGAGUGCCAUGAAAACCAUGAUGAACAGUCAGUUCAAUGGUCACUUGCCCAAUGAAGCACUAACAGAACAUCAAGAUCAAGCACCCCAAGAAGACCUGUCCUCCAAGCCCAAACAAGAGCAGGAAACCAUCAAAAGCCCUUCUCCUCCUCCUAGUGCUGACAUGGCUAAGGAAGAAGUGAUUGGUAUGGUCACUAGGGCCCACAAAGACACUUUCAUGUACAACCAAGAACAGUCCCAAAACCCAGCAGAGAUGAUGCAGUCCCAGAGUGGGGAGAGAGUGUCGAAGAACACUGAGCAGUACAUGUUGAGCAGUGAGCACUGUGUUAGUGGGCUUGGUGGCCCUCAGUACCCUGAAAGUGAACAGCACCUUGGUGGACAGUACAAAGGGAGAAGCACAAUGCAUUAUCAAAGUGGGCACCCCAUGUGUUUCACAAAUGGCCACUGCAUGAACUUCACCAGUGGUUAUACUCCACGACUGUGUGAUAGGAUCCCAGAAGAUGGUUUUUCUCCAAGCAAGAAUGCCACUUACUCUUGCAGCACGGGAGGAAGAAUGCAUCUGGUCUGCCCAAUGAGUAAGACUCCCCAUGUGGACCCAAACAAGUCUGGCCAUGAAGUCUGGGAAGAGUUUUCUCUGAGUUUUACCCCUGCGGUGAAGGAAGUGGUGGAGUUUGCCAAGCGUAUCCCAGGUUUCCGAGAUCUCUCCCAGCAUGACCAGGUUAAUCUUCUGAAGGCUGGGACUUUUGAGGUUUUAAUGGUACGGUUUGCAUCUUUGUUUGAUGCAAAGGAACGUACUGUCACCUUCCUGAGUGGAAAGAAGUACAGUGUGGAUGACUUGCAUUCAAUGGGAGCUGGUGAUCUGCUCAACUCGAUGUUUGAAUUCAGUGAGAAACUAAAUGCCCUGCAACUUAGUGAUGAGGAAAUGAGUUUGUUUACAGCGGUUGUCCUGGUAUCUGCUGAUCGCUCUGGAAUAGAAAAUGUCAAUUCUGUGGAGGCACUUCAGGAAACACUAAUCCGUGCACUAAGGACCUUAAUAAUGAAAAAUCACCCAAAUGAAGCUUCUAUUUUCACGAAACUUCUUUUGAAAUUACCUGACUUGCGUUCCUUGAACAACAUGCACUCUGAAGAACUCUUGGCCUUUAAAGUUCACCCAUAGGCCUUUAGGUUUCGUUUGGACUUGGACUCGCCUCGUGUGAAACUCUUUUGUGCUAAAAUAAUGUAUUUAUACAGUUGUACCACUUGUUGAAGAGGGAGAGUUCACAGACUGUGAGCAGUUGAUAGCUGUCCCAUAACCAUGCAAUAAUGCUUCAGCAGGUGCUUUCAGCUGCAGGUGGCACAGCAGAGGCCUCCAAGCCAUCCAUCCCCAUCUGUGACCCUCUUCUGCAGAAGAGGUUUGCGAUGAGCUGGAGUAAAUAUGGACUGUUCUUUCACUUACUAAAACAGAACCACCACUGCCCUCUCAUGUAAACUGAAUGCAAAAUAGCUGUGUAUGUGCAUACAGAGCAUGGAACGGGGUGGGAACAAUCCUGUGCUAUUAGGGAAAUUGAAGAGCUGAUUUAAUUGGUCUUUCACUUAUCUAAUAGAUGUAUGUCUGUGUCUCUUGAUAACUCACUCAUGGUUUCACUGUUGUUAUUCCAUUAAACCCGAUGGAAUUAUUUCAGCCUGCACCAACUCUUCACUGAGCAUGUGUUCAUGCCAUGUGUAUAUAAUAUAAAUAUCUAAGUAAUGAGUGUCUAUGGCUAUAUAAAGUACAGAGUUGUGUGUAUAUAUGUGUAUGUAUAUAAAUAGUUCUAUACAUAAAGUAUACAUAUAAUUUCUUCACAAUAUUUUAAACUGUGAAGGAAUUUGAACUUAAAACAGAGGGUGAUCUAUGGAACGAACCAAACAGAUGCACUUUGCAUAUUGCUGAACUAAUUAUCUGAGCAUUUCUAAUUUUUAGAAAACAUCAAAUUUGCAUUAAUAUGCUGUGUUUGUUAAUUUUAAAAAAAUAAAAACCAACAACAACAGAGUGGCACCAAAGGGGCAGAGUCAGAUUCAACUUCCAGAAGGGGUUUGUAGAGAAUCUCAAGUGGAGAUGGUUGGUUGUGGCACUAGUGAGUUUGAUUUGCCAUUGCCACUGAGGGUUCUUAGUGUUCUGCUAAAGGUUAAAGAAGCAACAGAUGCUCUUCAAAAACUUCAGCACAGCCAGAAAGAAACUAUCAGAUGAGUAACAGCAUCUAUCAGAUAAAAAAAAAUUAAGGUAAAAAUGUAUCCAUGUUUGCGUUUGGGUGUAUGUGUGCUCUGUGACCAUUUAUUUCUUGCAAUCAUUGUGGUGCUUCAGUGCUAAAUGAGAACUGAACACGGAAAUGUGAGAUUCCCCAGGUCUUUCCACAAUUCAGGCUUUGUGGUUCCCAUGCCUGUUCUUCUGGAGCUCUCCAUUGGUGUGAGUGGGUGUGUGUGUGUAUGCAAAGAAGGUGCAUGGGAUGGUCUGGAUUUUUUUGUUAAAAAAACACCUCAAAAACCGACUAAACAAAUGGGACUUUUGUUGUUGUUUAUGCCAGUGUAAAUUACAAAGCAGCUCCUCAAGCCUUGAAGACUUUUCUGCUUUUCCAUCAAGGAAAGGCAGCUCUCUAUGGAUUUCCUCCAUUUGUAGCAUGAUCUGGCAACAGAAAAAAAAAAAAAAAAAGAUUUAAAAAAAAAAAGUCAAAGCAGUUUUGUUAAUUAGUUAUGUUUAUGUUUUGCUAAUGUGGGAAGAAGAUGCUCCCUUACCCCUUGUGUUUAGUGAACUUACCUAUGAGGUGGCCCUCUGGGUCUCUGGCAUUUGGUAUCACUACUUUGCAGCAGGAGAGAUUUCUCCGUUUCUUACUGCGUUUUGACAGACGUGGUAGUUGAGGGCAGGAGCCAGAAAGCUGCCAGACCACAGAGCUCCUCCGAAACCCCUCCGAGCUCCUCCUUGCCCUGCAGAAGCCGCUCUUGUGCCGCAGCGAUUCGGUGGGAGCCCCGGUGCUUCCUGUGGAGCUGGAGCAUCAGGAGCUGGGAAGAGGAGGGGAUUCUUGCACCCUGCCAUGACUCGGGCCUCUUUUGGGCUGGGGGUUUCCUCUGGGAAAGUGGUAAGGGAUGUUGGCCAGGGGACCAAGAGCUGGAGGGGGGUGGGUGCUUGCGUAAGACCUGAAAAAGAUUUGGCUUUAUGCUUGCCUGAGAAGCAGAAGAGCCCUCUGAUUGCCCUCCUCCCCAGCUGCUGCAGGGAGAGCCGUCCUGCUUCAGGCUACUGAAACUACUGGGUGAUGGCCCCUUAAUACAAGCAGUUUUGCUAUCCAAAUGUGCUGUCGGGGCAUAUUGUCCUAAUUUCUGCUAAAAGUCUGCAUCCUACCAGUAUUAUUUGUUUGAGAGCUUCACCAGAUUGCUCAUUGAACCAUUCAGACGUCAGGGACGACACAGUCACAUGGUUUGUAUUAUUUGGGAGCUGAAAUUACUUAUUUGUAGACCCUAUUUCAAAUGUGGAAAAUACAGUUAACCCUUUGUUAUUUCAGGAGGGAAGGAGGCUUCUUACAGAUUGCCACCCUACACCCGUGUUUUGUUGUGGUUUUUUGUUUGUUUGCUUUUGUUUGGGUUUUUUUGUUUUUUGUUUUUUGUUUUUUUUCUUCAAACUGUGUUAUUAAGCCUUUAGGAAUGUAUAACCAGGACUGAGUAAUUACUGCUUAUUAAAUUUUUAGUUAGAUUGACCAUGUAUGCCUAUAGAUAGAUAUUCUAACUCGUGCAAUUUCAUUUGAAAUAAUCUUCCUGUACGUAAUGGAAAAAAAUCAUGUAGCAAAAAAAAAAAAAAAAAAAAAAGCCCCAAACAGAUUGACUGAAAAAAAAAUACUUGAUAAAAGUACAGUUCAAAAGUGACCCACAUAUUACAAACCCUAGCUGGACUGUUAGAAGAAAAUCUAAACUCAUCGUGUUAGCUGUGUAUUGUGAGCUCUUCUUUACUGUGUCACUGGUUAUACACUUGUUAAACGCUGAGAUAAUAGACUUCAUGCCAGGCAUUUGAGUACUGUAGAUUGGGUCAUUGCUGAAAGAUUAAUGUACUGUAUGACUUAAAUGAAAUUUUUAUUAUUGAUUUUGUUCUUGAUUUUGUUCUCGUUUCAAAAAAGUAAAUACGGGCAUUAUGUCAGCAAGCU